CUAAGCUAAUUCGCUAUUCGUUUACCUGAACAAGUUAAUAAAACUUACAGAAUAUCAACUCGUACAGUUUAAUUGUAUCGUAUGUGUAGAAUGGACGUUAUACGGGUUUAAAACAAUUACAUUAACACAAAAAAAAAAACUUAAUGUUAAAAUACAGCGUGGCCAAGUAUGCAAUACAAGUUAGCCAGUAUCACCCAAAGCGGCUGAAGCCCAACGUUCAGCGCCCAAGUCGGCCAAACUAGUAUUGUUCUAUUUGAACGUCUUUUUAACGCGCGUUAAAAAAUGCUCUUGCGUAUAUGGCCUUAACACAUUCUGGUUUCCGCAUAGUGGCUAGCUUGCACUGGCGACAGACAGACCGACUAAUACAUUUCUAACGUUUCAAGAGUGCUUCUAGUUUCACUUCGGUAACCAGAACGCAUGAAUGGGCUUUAGUCAAUUUUAUAACUUUUUGUUUUUAAUAUUUCCGAUAUUUAGUCAAUUUGACGAUUGCCAGGCAGGCUUCAGGACCUUCCUAGCCUAGGACAACUGUCAAACCAUGCAGUCCAUGGCCAUAGUGAAUUGUUGAAUGUAUGAAGUUCUUCCUCAUCUGUCGACUUCGGGGGUCGAGUCAAAGUAGGCACGGUGUAGUGUCCCCUCUAUUAUCAUAAUCUUUGUAAUCCUAAUAGUGUAUAAAUUAAUUAUAUUUCAUUAAUAAAACACAGUAUAUUCUCAGCAGUCAUUCGUUUCAUUUCGCUCCCUUACGCAUACCGUACAUGGCGACCCUGCCAAAAGAAGGUGUCAUACGAGUGUCGUGUAUGUGAUACCUAUCGCGCAGAAGUCUGACCUAUUUUGGUAUAAGAAUGUAAAACAUUAAAUGAACUUUAGUUGUUACCAAGAUGAACAAUUUAGACUCAAUCGUAGUACACUUGAGUGCUGUCGUAUACAUCAAAAAUUGUCAAUAUGGGAUCCUCAAAGUCAAAAUAUGAAGAAAAAGUUGUCGUCCAAAACGCGAUCGGAGGGUCCAACCAGGCAUCAUUUGAGGAAAUAAAGUUUCAUCUAAGCACCGCUAGCAUAAUUCUGACGGUAAUUGCAUUGGUUCUGGGAGUUGGUCUACUUGCUUUCCUGUACCGAAUGUAUAGGAAGUGUCAUAUGCGCUGGAUGCAGCAGGAAAUACAUCGGCAAAACCUGCGCUCUUCCAUUUUUCGUCGCGGCCGCCGUGAUGCAAAAAGCGAGGACAUCGUAUGACGGUGCAACAUCAUCUACGGCAUCAGUGAAAAAAAAAUGUGAAAAAAAAAGUGAAGUGCGGGUAAAAUAAUUACGUCAAAAAAAAAAAAAAAGUGAAAGUGCAGCUCAGAUAAGUGCGUAUUAAAUAGGUAAUUCUUACUUGCAAAUCGGGUAGGACUACUGACUAUGCUCCUUUCUAGUGGACGAUAAGUUAUAAAAAACUAAUGUAGUGGACUCUAAGAUAUAAAAAACAAAUGUAAUCUAAUGUGUGUCAUGAUCUGUAAGUUCUAUACUCCAUGUGACGGCAAUGCUUGGUAAGUUAUGAUUUUACAAUUAAAGGAAUUGUAUGAUAAACUGAAAAAUAUAAAGACUUAUCUGAUUAAAAUUGGUCCUAAAAGGCGCCAAGGACAAAUUGUUGUUAAUAAGUUAGAGGAGGCAAAAAUAUUUUAUGACGAGUAUACGUUACUUAUAAGUGAAUUAAACAAAGAUAUAAAAGAGGGAAGAUUGUCUACCCAGGACACCGAUUUAGUUAUCAAAUUGUCCUCCGAAUUUCAGUCCUUGUAUACUGACAUAGAGUUUCUAUGUACAAAACAUAAAUCUAGUGAUUUUAAAGAUAAAUUUUCUGAUAUGACCGAAACUAACGUAAACAUGGCGGAAACAUUCAAUUUAAAAACUGCUUUGUCCUUACUUGCUCAAAUGAAUGACGAUGAAUUUAAUACUAAACAACUGAUUGAUAACAUCGAAUACUAUGCGUCUGUAUUGGAAAAAGAUGAAUGUAAGCAUAAAUUGAUUCAGUUUGUAUUAAAAAGCAGAUUGUCACAAGGUGCAAAAUUGAAAAUAAAGUGUAGUUAUUCAACUGUAACAGAUUUGAUCAAUGAUAUGCGGAAAGAGCUUUUGCCCCAAAAAUCAGCCCCUGCCAUACAAGAUAAAUUACAAAAAUGUAGACAAAAUAAUUUAAAUAUUCAGGAUUAUGGUAAGGAAAUUACCGAGAUGUUUGUGGAGCUGACGAUUGCGCAAUCCAGUGGAAAUUCAGAUUGUUACAACAUUUUAAAACCUCUAAACGAAAAGUAUGCCAUUAAAAAAUUCGCCGAUGGGUUGCGUAAUCGCAGACUUAGUACUGUCAUUACAUCCAGGAAUUACAGCUCGUUGAAGGACGCAAUCCAGGCUGCAAUGGAGGAGGAUAUCGGGUCUGCUUCCACAUCAGCUGGUGAAAUCUUAGGUAUGUCCCAUCAAAAUUAUAAUAAACCUACCAGUCAUACUUUUUCUUCCCCUAGAAGGCAAAAUUACCAUCGCGGAGGUCAGCAUUUUAAUAGCAGAGUGUUUUCGCAGCGAACUAAUUAUAAUCCUAAUUUUAGAGGUCAAAAUCAAGUCCCUAUGUCUGCUCCUCGGCCAGUACAAAGACCCUGGCAGAAAAGAGGUAUGUAUAAUAAUAAUAAUAACCGUCGUGGAAAUAGGUGGAAUCGCAAUCAACAUAUGCGCGUAAUAACUGAAACGGAAAAUAAUAGCGAUGUUGCGGAAAAUAAGUUUUUUCGAGGCUAAUAAUUUUAUCUUAACUACUAGUAGUAAUUGUUGCAUCAGAUUAUCUCUAAACAACGUGAUUCAUUCUUGGUUACUUGAUACGGGCGCUACCAUUUCGGCUCUUAAAUAUAAACAUGCACUCGAACAUAAUCUUCCAAUCCAUAAUGAGAAGAUUAUUAUAAAUGGAAUUGGUGGCAAAGUCCAUGCAAUUGGAUACACAUAUUUAAAAUUACGAAGUGAUGAUAAAUUAUUUAGACACAAGUUUUAUGUUUUUGAUUCGCUACCAUGUAAGGCAAGCGGUAUCAUCGGCCAAGAUUUUUUAAACACAUAUAGUGCGAUUAUUGAUUUAAAGAACGAUUAUUUAACAUUAGUAGUAGGAAAUAACAUAAAAUGUAAUUUGCGUAUACAACGUAAUGAUAAAUACAUCUGGAAUGUUGCCCCCAGAUGUGAAUCAAUUCAUUAUAUUAAAACUAAUUAUACUGAAGAAUGCGUAGUAAUUUGUAAGGAAUUAUGCGAAGGUAUUUAUUUAGCUAGUUCUAUAGUCAAACCUUUAAAUGGUUUAAUACCAAUAAGGAUACUAAAUACUACUGAAAAUACGUUAACAUUGGAAAAUAUUGAACCAGAAGUUCACAAACUAAGCGAUUACUCGAUAUGUACAUUCGAUAAGCCUAAUAGCAACGCGAAUAGGGUAAAGCAAUUAUUUUCUUUAUUGAAAUUAGGACACUUAAAUGAGGAGGAACAAAUUUCUAUUGAGAACCUAUGUGCUAAAUAUUCGGAUAUAUUUUAUUUACAAGGUGAUAAGUUGUCAACCACGGAUAUUUAUGAACACACUAUUACUUUAAAACAAAACGUUAGUCCGGUAUUUACGAAACCGUAUCGUUUACCUCAUUCACAAAAACAAGAAAUUAAGUCUCAAAUUGACAAAUUACUACGAGAAAAUAUAAUAGAAAAAUGUAACAGCAGUUGGUCAAGUCCACUUCUCUUAGUACCGAAAAGGUCUGAUGAUAGUGGUGAAAAGAAAUUAAGAUUAGUGAUAGAUUACCGGAAAUUGAAUAAUUUAAUCGAAGAUGACAAAUUUCCACUGCCUAAUAUGUCUGAAAUAUUAGACGCAUUAGCAGGUAGUGUAUAUUUCACUCAUUUAGAUUUAUAUAAUGGUUUUUAUAAUGUUAAAUUACAUAAAGACAGUAGAAAAUACACCGCAUUUGACUCGGGACAAUACCAAAUGGUGAGGAUGCCUAUGGGACUGAAAACAAGUCCCGGAUCGUUCUCACGCAUGAUGAAUAUGGCCAUGUCGGGUCUUACCUACGAAAAAUGUUUUGUUUACAUGGAUGAUCUAAUUAUUUAUGGGUUUUCAUUAGAUAACCACAACAAAAACUUACAAGAUGUUUUUGAACGUCUUCGUAAGGUGAACUUGAAAUUGAACCCGCAGAAAUGCGAUUUUCUAAAGAAACAGAUAUUAUAUUUAGGACAUGUAGUCUCUGAUAAAGGAAUACUACCGGAUCCGUCAAAAAUUGAAGUAGUUAGAAAUUACCCACAGCCCAAAACUACCGAUGAGGUCAAGAGAUUUACAGCCUUUGUAAAUUAUUAUAGGAAGUUUGUUCCAAAUUUUGCCGAGAAAGCUAGCCCAUUAAAUAGAUUAUGUAAGAAAAAUAUUCGUUUUAAUUGGGACGAUCAAUGUCAAAAAGCAUUUGAAACUCUAAAAGAAAGUAUUACUUCACCGCCUGUCUUAGCUUACCCGGAUUUUUCCCCAAAUAAUCAAUUUAUAAUUCAAACAGACGCGUCAAACCACGCGAUCGGUGCCGUGAUGAUGAAUAAAAAUAUGAGACCCGUUGCUUUUGCCAGUAGGAGUCUAAAUAAAGCGGAGAAAAAUUAUCCAACUAUAGAAAAGGAACUUUUGGCAAUUGUUUGGGCGGUCAAACACUUUCGACCCUAUUUAUACGGUAAAGAAUUCAAAAUUCAAACAGAUCAUAGGCCUCUAGUUUAUUUAUUUAAUAUGAGGGAUCCGUCAAGCCGGUUGAUGAAGUUUCGGCUAUUAUUAGAAGAAUACAAUUUUAGUAUCGAGUAUGUAAAAGGUACAGAUAACGCAGCUGCAGAUGCUUUGUCUCGUAUCAAAAUACAAGAUUUAAAGGAAAUGUCUAAUAAAAUAAUAAAUGUCAUGACAAGAGCGCAAAAGAGAAAGAUAGCGCAAACUAUGCCAGAUUCUUCGGCUAAUAUCGACUUUACCGACGAUUGGUCUGAUCAACCAAAAGUCGUAGAGGCGCAUAUUAAACCUAAGGACCACAUAGAAUUAGUAUUUAUUGAAAAGAAGAAAUUAAACUCUAUAAAACAACAAAAUGACGUACGUUUUGAAACUAAAACGUUUUGUUAUGUUCCUGUUAGGAACUCAAUUUAUAUUAAAUACAUGGAUUCUCAAUCGCAAAUUACCCCAGCGGAAUUUGUGAGAGAACUUGAUGAAGCAUGCUUAAAAAAUGGAAUUAAUGAACUAUAUUUUGUAAUGACUAAAAGAAAUAAUGUUUUCGUGGAAAAAUUAUUAAAUGAAGUAAAAAUAUACGGAAGUGCUACUAUGCCUAGGUUAUGUAUAUUAAAGGACAUUAUUAGAAUAGAAAAUAAAGAUGAUCAAAAGGUAAUAUUGAAUGACUUCCAUCUCUUGCCCACAAGUGGCCACGCGGGUAUGAGACGGAUGUUAUCUAAUAUUAAAAAAUACUAUUUUUGGCCAGGAUUAGAAAAAGAUGUAAUUAAUUUUGUAAAACGCUGUGACAAAUGCCAGCGACAUAAGUAUUCGACAUACGUAAAAGAGCCUAUGGUAAUAACGUCAACCGCAAACACUGCCUUUGAAAAAAUAUAUUUGGACAUCGUUGGUCCCUUAGAGCGAGAUAAUACUAAUUAUUCAUAUAUUUUGACUCUGCAGUGCGAACUUUCAAAAUACGUUGAAGCUUAUCCACUUAUUUCUAAAAACACAACAGAGGUAGCUAGAAUUUUAGUAAAUAAUUUUAUAUUGCGAUAUGGAAUUCCGAAGGAGAUCGCAACAGAUAGAGGUGCAGAAUUCAUGUCUUCAACAAUGAACGAGGUAUGUAAACUUUUACACAUUACAAAAACUAAUUCUACCGCCUAUCACCAUCAGUCAAUAGGUGCAUUAGAAAAUUCGCAUAAACACCUUGGUUCCUUCCUCAGAAUUCAAUGCGACAACCAUCCCGAAAUGUGGAGUCAAUGGCUUCCAUUUUGGUGCUUUUCCUUUAACACGUCCGUGCAUAGAGAAACAAAAUUUACACCGUAUGAGCUUGUUUUUGGGAAGAAAUGCUCUCUCCCUAGUAAUUUGUUAAGUAAUAUAAUAGAUCCCCUCUACACUUUUGAUAACUACCCUUUAGAACUCAAAUUUCGUUUGCAAUUGGCACAAAAGGAGGCUCGAGAAAAUUUACUAUCUAGUAAAAUUAAAAGAAAAGAAAUAUACGAUAGAAAUAUGAAUCCAGUUGUAUAUAAACCAAAUGAUCUGAUUCUUGUUAAAAAUGAGGUUGGAAACAAAUUAAAUUGUGUUUAUUCUGGACCAUAUGUUGUGAUAAAAGAUAUGUCACCGAAUGUUGAAAUUAUGCGAAAUAAUAAGCCCGAUGUAAUACACAAAAACCGCACUAAAUUGUAUCACUCUAGUUAAGUAAUCAUAAUUAUCAUGUAUUGUAUGUUAUCUAUUGUAAUGCAAGAAAAAUGCUAAUGUAAUAAGCAUUUUCCUUUUUUUUCAGGGGGGAGGUGUAGUGUCCCCUCUAUUAUCAUAAUCUUUGUAAUCCUAAUAGUGUAUAAAUUAAUUAUAUUUCAUUAAUAAAACACAGUAUAUUCUCAGCA